AUGGGCCUUUUGACCAUUGCACGGAAGCAGAAGCUCAAGGAUAACGAGAUCCGCAUGUUGGUCCUUGGACUUGACAAUUCGGGCAAAACAACCAUUAUCACUCGGCUUAUGGGACAAGACACUGGCCAGGUGUUCCCCACCAUUGGGUUCCAGAUCCAUACCCUUGCAUGGGGAGAGUACAACAUCAGUGCAUGGGAUGUUGGUGGUCAGACCACGUUGCGAGGGUUCUGGAGCAACUACUUUGAUAAGCUGGAUGUGAUUGUGUGGGUGAUUGACAGCUCAAGCAUGGAGAGACUUGAAGAACUGUAUCAAGAGCUACGAGAGAAGGUGAUCUUACAAGACCAGUUGGUCGGCACGUACUUCUGUGUGUUGAUCAAUAAGAUAGACUUGGUGGGUGAAGAACAAAGAGACGAGAUUCGUUAUGCUGUUGAGCAGCGACUUGGACUUCUGCGAGAGUUGCCUAGUGAAAAGUAUACCAUACAGACGGUUUCUGGAGUUAGUGGAGAGGGCUUAGAGGCAGUAAUGGAGUGGGUGGUAGGUAAGGAUUAUUAG